AUGGCGAACGACUCCUCCGGUAACCUAGCCCUCUUGAUUGAUGGUGACAACGUCUCGCCCAAGAUCCUCCUUGGUCUGAUGGCCGAAAUCCCUAACUAUGGCAGGGCCAGUGUGCGGCGCAUAUACGGGGACUGGACCAACCCUGCGCUCAAGAGUUGGAAACCGUUGCUGCUAAAUCAUUCGAUCUUACCGAUUCAACAGUUCGCGUAUACCCAGCGAAAGAACUCUACUGAUGGGGCCAUGAUCAUUGACGCCAUGGAUCUAUUGUACACCGGUCGCUUCUCCAGCUUCUGUCUUGUGUCUAGCGACAGCGACUUUACGCGGCUCGCAGCCCGUAUUCGCGAGCAGGGUGUUACCGUAUACGGCUUCGGAGAGCGAAAAACAAACGCCGCAUUCAUCGCCGCUUGCGACAAGUUCGUAUACUUUGACGUACUCAAAAUGCCGUUGUUUGAGCCUGACGAGCCGCCAGCAGCACCUCAGUCGCCGAGCGCAAAAGUGGACACUCUUCCCGCAGCAGAUACACGCUCACUGGUUCAUAUAGAGCCAUCGAAGAGGCCACUUGACCAGGUCGCGCUUACAGGACUGGCAAAGGCAGUGCAGAAUAGUAUCGGCUAUGAGGGUAAUUAUGCCAAUCUUGCUGCAGUUGGCAGUUAUCUUACUAAAAUCUCGCCUGAUUUGAAUGCGCGGAAUUACGGUUACGAUCGCCUACGAGAAUUUGUGGAGGCGUCUGGAAUUGUGCAACUGAAGUGGUUGAAUGUAGGAGACAAGCCUCCGGUUGCGCUAGUCCGCCUGACAGGAAAAUAUGCCUACCAUUGA